AUGCCGAAAGAACGCCAAACGUGUACGGAAUGUUCUAUGCGGCGACAGAAAUGUGAUCGCAACAUCCCCUGCAGUCGCUGUGUCAAGCGCGGCGACGGACACAAAUGUACUCGAGAGUGGCCAGACGGGGGCUAUGACCCGAGGAUUCAUCGUAUCUACCCUCGGACAUCGACAGGUCAAGGGGAUGACUCCCCUGGCACCACCGACAACACUUCCCCAGCGACGACUGCUCAACAUGUCCCAGACAUGCCUCAUCAGCCAUCCAGGAGGAAAUCCGCCUCGGUAAAAUCAGCAAAUAGCCCCAACCCUCGCCGCCAACCCAAUCCUCUUGCACUUGGCCCGCAGACCGGGAAUGGUCCCCUCUCAGAUCCCGAUGCCGCAGCCAGCACAUUGGAGUUUCUUACCUGGGGUCGAUCGAAAUUCUCCGACUACGACCUGAAAGCGCUGGAGCUCCUGAAGGAGCCUCACAAUGCUGGGUCCGCCUCUGCACCCAAAGACACCGGACCAGACUGGGAUGUUUCCAAUGGGUUUGGGGGUACAGGUGCAGCCCAGGUAUCGUUCUUGCAGCUAUUGCUUCCGAAUCGUCGACAGGUCUUUCAACUUGUGGAAUACCACAUCAACUCCAUAUUAUGGUAUCAUGCUUGCCUUCAUGGGCCCACCUUCUAUGGCGAGCUCAAGGAUGUCUAUCAAGGCCCCAGUGGUUUACAGGUCAGGAACAUGGACCUGAGAUGGACUGCUAUAUUGUUUUCAAUUAUGGCAGCCAGCAUGACCUGUGCGAGCGACCAGUUGGCGACUUCAUGGGGAUUCAAAAAGAGUGAACGGGCCAAAUUGACCAGGCAAUGGUAUAAGGCCACUGUCACAUGUCUCAACCUCGCUGAUUACAUGUGGCGACAUCACAUCUACUCUGUGCAAGCCAUCACCAUAUUGACCAUGUCAGCGCAUGUCCUUGGCUUCAGUAAUACUCAGAGCACGCUGCUUGGGGUAGCCCUGAAGAUCGCUCAAGGUCUAGGUCUCCAAAGACUUGGCCCCGAGGACGAGAGCAGUAAUCCUACUGGACUCUCCCUCAUGAGUGCUGCAGCGCUCCGAGACAAAGCCAUUAAACGGGAGACCGGCAGGAGACUAUGGUCUCAACUCUGCAUGCAAGAUUGGUUUUCCAUUCCGUUCUCUGAGAUGUACUCGAUCCAGAGACAUCAUUUUACGACGAUUAAACCGCUGCACGUGGACGACAACACGAUGGAACCUAUACCUGAAGAUAUGCCUUCUAUGACUAGCUUCCAAAACUUUCUCACGGAGAUGGCCUCCUUGAUGCCGCAAAUUCACGACGCCAUCAUAGCAUCAAACACUCUUUACACUAAAUACGAACAGGUCAUUGAGUACGACACCAGAAUGCGGACUUUGGCUACUGAGAAUAUGCCGUCUUUCCUCUCGAUGACGGAACCAAUUAGGCCAGAAUGGCCAGCUUUCAUCCCGUGGGCCAGACGAAGCUUGACAAUAUGUUUUGCUCAUAAGAUUAUCAUGAUCCAUCGAGCAUUCCUUGGACGCAGCUUCACCGAGCCAGCAUUCGACUUCACCCGGCGUACAUGCAUGGCAGCAGCAAAGAGUAUUUUGAAAGAGGCCAGGCAAGCCUAUGAUGAAGAGGGGCCCAUGCUAUGGAUAGAUCAAGCUUUCAUGGUGGCGGCUGGGAUCACACUCGCGCUGGAUAUCUUCCACCGGAAAGCCAAUGAGCCUGAAUAUGAGGAACACCGAAAGUUGGUUGAGAACACCAUCAGCAUGCUAGGAAAAUUCGAGAACAGCAUGAUUGCCCUCAGAGGGAUUCGUCUCCUGUCGUCUCUUCUUGCAGAACAGGCUCGACUCACUGCAGACCAGACCCUGGAGAACUACCGAAAACGUACAAAUGACGUGCUGGGCGCGAGCGAUCUAUCACAGCCUAAGAGGCAGAAAUUCAACGUGCCCAAGUUUGUUGAGUCGUUUGUGGGUAACGAUUCCUUUACGCAUUCUUUGCGGACGGCGAACAGGGGCGUGGAACCGUCACUCGACCUUUUCGAACCCGAAGCACGAACACCAUCGCGUACACCGAUCCCGCCAGAUCAGCCUAUCACGUCUGAUUUCGGGUACGAGACAUUCGAACAACUAUUCCCGCCUCAUACCGGCAUCAGCAACAACUUUUUAUUUGAGGAUCUUUUGAACUUUGAUAUAUGA